UUCACAGCCGGGCGCCCACUGUGCAUGUCUGCAGUCUCUGGUCAUCUCCUGUACUAUGUCCGCAGUCUCUGGUCAUCUCCUGUACUAUGUCCGCAGUCUCUGGUCAUCUCCUGUGCUGUGUCCGCAGUCUCUGGUCAUCUCCUGUGCUGUGUCCGCAGUCUCUGGUCAUCUCCUGUGCUGUGUCCGCAGUCUCUGGUCAUCUCCUGUGCUGUGUCCGCAGUCUCUGGUCAUCUCCUGUGCUGUGUCCGCAGUCUCUGGUCAUCUCCUGUGCUGUGUCUGCAGUCCAUUGGUUCAGAAUAUUUUUUUCCUUGUUUUCCUCCUCUAAAACCUAGGUGUGUCUUAUGGAGCGAAAAAUACGGUAGAUUCCUUUACUACUACCUCUAAGUGAGGUUGGUCAGUCUCAAGUCUCCUUUGGUC